UUUGGCGAAGAAGGAGCCGAUUCAAGCAACCCUCCACGGCGCCUCUUCUUGUUCGGGACAGGCCCUCCGCUGACCUCCCUCUCGCUGACCUCCCUCUCGCGGAUUGCUUUCCCUCAAACGAACCCACUUCAGCGACAGCGCGGCCUCCUUCCCUCUUCUUCGCUGUGGGCUCCUCCCGCCUUUCCUAGGCCCGCUGUGCUUGCUCUGCCUUUUGUGAGCAAGUUGUUGGGUUGGAAGUGCGGCCGCCGGGGCAACCGCUGAGCGUCUCCCCCAGAAAGUUGGGGACUGAGCGGGUCCUAGAGAAGGAUUGCUAGGAGGGACUCUGCCGGGGUCAGGCUGUCUGCGGCGCCUCCUCUCGGGCGAGAAAACAACCGGAGCCGGCAGUCGGCCAUGUAAGCAUAGUCACGUUCCAGGAGCACCUGUGUGCGGAGGAAACCAGGCGAACGAGCUCUUUCUUUUGCAGCCUCAGUAUUGUGGAGAAAACCACAUUUAUGUGCGCUGUUGUCAUAUAGAAGGGAGACCUUGGUUCAGCACAAGCAGUACCCAAUUUUUAAGAUGAGAGGCACUGAAGAUAAACCAUACCUGAAGAUGCAGACUGGGAUAAGGUCUCCAUUUAAAAGGCUUGUUGAAAGAAGAAGGGCUAUAGUAGGUGUCGAAAAGACGACACCUGUCUAAUAUUUAAGAAGACUGAAUUCCAAAGGACUUCAUGUGGUAUGGAGUUGAUGAGUGGUGAGCAACCUGUUGUUAUGAGAGACGACAACAAACGAAGGAGGAGAAGGAUGAAGCCACACUGUACAGCAAGCAGUUUGUCUUCAACAGAAUUGAUCUCCAUUGAGUUCAUUUUGCCUACAGGCAACAUGUUAAUAGAUAUAGCCAGCAACUGUACAGUAGAGCAGAUGAAAGCACAAGUUUGGAUGCGAGCAAUAGAGAAGAAUCAGACCUCAGAUUUCUACCAUAAAUUCACUCCAGAUCAAUUUGUUCUUCAGUACCAAAAGAAGGGACAGUGGUAUGAAAUUUAUGACAAACAUCAAAUAAUACAGACACUUGAUUGUAUAUUGUAUUGGAAAGUGUUACAAAAGAAGGUGGGCAAAAUUCAUGUAGUCCAAAAGCAAAAGCCCACAGAGGAUGUUCAGGAGUUUCAAAAGCAACUCAAUUAUUUGAUUGGCUAUGAUGUCACUGAUGUAAGUAAUGUGCAUGACGACGAACUGGAAUUUGCUCGUCGCAGGCUAGUCACUCCACGAACAAUUGAAGUAACCUGCAGAGAUCCAAAAUUGUACUCAAUGCACCCUUGGACUACAUCCAAACCACUUCCAGAGUAUUUGCUUAGUAGAAUUGUGAAUAAUAAAAUUUUUAUCAACAUACACAGAGGAACAACUAGCCAAAAGAUUAAAGUAGCUAUUGAUGACACCCCAGAUCUAAUCCUUCAGAGCUUUUUCACAAAAAUGGCAAAAAAGAAAUCUUUGAUGAAUAUUCCUGAAAAUCAUAGUGAGCUGGACUUUGUUCUUAGAGUGAGCGGCAGGGAUGAGUAUAUUGUAGGAGAGACGCCUAUCAAAAACUUCCACUGGAUAAGACAGUGCCUUAAGAAUGGGGAUGAAAUUCACUUGGUCUUGGAUGAUCCACCUGACCCAAACCAGGAUGAAGUACAGAAAGAGGAGUGGCCCUUGGUGGAUGACUGCACUGGAGUGUCAGGCUAUCAUGAACAGCUAACAAUAGAUGGCAAGGAUCAUGAGAGAGUAUUCACUAUAUCAUUGUGGGAUUGCAAUAGGAAAUUUAGGGUCAAGAUAAUUGGCAUUGAUAUCCCUGUGCUACCAAGAAACACAGACCUUACUGUAUUUGUUGAGGCCAACAUUCAACAUGGGCAACAACUCCUUUCACAGAAAAGAACUACAGCUAAACCAUUUACUGAAGAAGUCCUGUGGAAUGCUUGGCUUGAGUUUGAUGUCAAGAUUAAAGACUUGCCCAAAGGGGCAUUGUUGACCCUGCAGAUAUAUUGUGGCAAAGCACCAGCAUCAUCCACAAAGGGUAACCAGUUGCAUGAUCCCCCAAGUUCUGAUUCUAAAUGCAAAACCCAGCUUCUCUACUACGUAAACAUUUUGUUGAUAGACCACCGGUCCCUGCUACGAACUGGUGACUACGUGCUUCAUAUGUGGAAAUUUCCAGGCAAAGGGGAAGAGCAAGGAAGUAUAAAUGCUGAUAAACUUACAUCAGCCACCAAUCCAGAUAAAGAAAACUCAAUGGCUAUUUCAAUUGUUCUGGACAAAUACUGUCACCCCAUAGCCUUGCCCAAACACAAGAUAGCAUCUGAUCUACAGGGGGAUAGGGCCAGAGCUGAAAUGCCCAACCCACUGCGCAAACAGCUUGAAGAAAUCAUAGCUACUGACCUGCUUAAUCCACUUACCCCUGAAGACAAAGAAUUAUUGUGGCAUUUCAGAUAUGAAAGUAUAAAGCACCCAAAGGCAUACCCUAAGCUGCUUAGCUCUGUGAAAUGGGGACAGCAAGAAAUAGUAGCUGAAACAUACCAGGUAUUAUCUAAAAGAGAAGCUUGGGACCAAAGCACCUUGGAUGUUGGCCUGACAAUGCAACUUCUAGACUGUAACUUUUCAGAUGAAAACGUGAGAGCAAUGGCAGUGCAAAAACUAGAGGGUUUAGAAGAUGAUGAUGUUCUUCAUUAUCUCUUGCAGCUAGUUCAGGCUGUGAAAUUUGAGCCUUAUCAUGACAGUGCAUUAGCCCGAUUUCUAUUAAAACGAGGCUUAAGAAACAAAAGAAUUGGACACUUUUUGUUCUGGUUUUUGAGAAGUGAGAUUGCACAAUCCAUGCACUAUCAGCAAAGGUUUGCUGUGAUCCUAGAAGCUUAUCUGAGAGGCUGUGGGAGAGCAAUGCUGCAAGACUUUCUGAAGCAGGUUCAAGUUACUGAGUUGUUGCAUAAAGUGACAAUGGAGAUAAAAUCCAUUUCUGCUGAAAAAUAUGAUGUCACACCUCAAGUAAUCGUACAGCUCAAACAAAAGCUUGAGAAACUACAGGACAGCAAGUUUCCCGAAUGCUUUAGAGUGCCAUAUGACCCUGGACUGAAAGCAGGAGCACUUGUGAUAGAAAAGUGUAAAGUAAUGGCAUCUAAGAAAAAACCACUUUGGCUAGAAUUCAAAUGUGCAGAUCCUACAUCCUUAUCCAAUGAAACUAUUGGCAUCAUCUUCAAACAUGGAGACGACCUGCGACAGGACAUGCUUAUUUUGCAGAUACUUCGAAUCAUGGAGUCAAUCUGGGAAGAAGAAUCCUUAGAUUUAUGUUUGUUGCCAUAUGGGUGCAUUUCUACAGGAAAUAAAAUAGGAAUGAUUGAAAUUGUAAAAGAUGCUACAACAAUUGCCAAAAUCCAGCAAAGCACAGUUGGAAAUACAGGAGCAUUUAAGGAUGAAAUAUUGAAUCAGUGGCUGAAGGAGAAAUGUGUAAUUGAAGAAAAGUUUCAGGCAGCUGUGGAAAGAUUUGUGUACUCUUGUGCUGGUUACUGUGUGGCAACCUUUGUACUUGGAAUAGGAGACAGGCAUAACGACAAUAUUAUGAUCACAGAGUCAGGUAAUCUCUUUCAUAUUGACUUUGGCCAUAUUCUUGGAAAUUACAAGAGCUUCCUUGGAAUUAAUAAGGAGAGAGUCCCUUUUGUGUUGACACCAGAUUUUCUUUUUGUCAUGGGAAGUUAUGGAAAGAAAACAAGUCCACGCUUUCAAAAUUUUCAGGAUAUCUGUGUGAGGGCUUAUCUUGCUCUUCGGAAUCACACAAACCUUCUCAUCAUCCUGUUUUCCAUGAUGCUAAUGACUGGAAUGCCUCAAUUGACUAGCAAAGAAGAUAUUGAAUAUAUCCGUGAUGCACUGACUGUUGGCAAAAAUGAAGAAGAUGCUAAAAAAUAUUUCCUAGAUCAGAUUGAAAUUUGUAGGGAUAAAGGGUGGACUGUACAGUUCAAUUGGUUUCUGCAUCUUGUGCUUGGAAUCAAACAAGGGGUAGAAAAACAUUCUGCCUGAUGACUUAUGUAUGUACAAAUAACUAGUGAGGAAUCUGCUUCUCCAUUUGGUUUUUAAUGUUUUCGACCAUCCCCAUUAAGUUGCCAAGGACUUUGCAACUUUUGUUACCAAAAAAAAUGGUUUUUGAGGUGUUGAUACUGCACAGUGGUGAUUUAAUAUAGACAAAAGCUUUGCUGAGAUGGCUUCCAUUUCCCCCUUUGUUACAGAUAUUUAAUAAGGUAUGGGUAGAAUUUAGAUGACAGCACUGAAAAGUAAAGCCCUGCUUCUUCCUGAUUAUUUUAUAUAGCUCCUUCAGCAGAACAGAAAAAUCCACUGAAAAUAGUGGAUUGUGGGGACCAUAUGUGUUGGACAUUACUACUUCAGGAUAAUGUUUAAAGCAGUAUUUUUCUUGUUAGGCUAUUUAAUUCUUAUGGUCUCCAAUAGCAAACAAUACUUUGAAAAAAAUUUCUCUGGGUGACAUCCAACAUAGCAUGAUCAGACCUUCACUCGUGCAACUCAGGUACUCCUUCCUCUUCUCCCAUCUGAAGCCCCCCGAGUCUGCUUCAGAGGGUUGGGGGACCUUCCAGAGAAGAUUUUAGGGACUGGAAGACAACAAAAAGAAACCAGAAGUCCUGUUGUGCAAGCAGAUUUCCAUUGUGCAAAUGGACGACAUCACUGAAUGUUGCCCUCUGCUUUCAUAAUACUAGCAAAAUGACUCCAAGGACAGUAAGUUGGCAGAGGAUGCAUUAUAGUGACAUCAUUCUAAGUCAAGAUAUAUCUAUUGCUGGAAUUAGUAUUUCACACAAAGUGAAACUGGAUCAUAAAUCUGUCUGGAAACCAAAGUGCUACAGAUCACAGAUUCCUCUGGUAGCCAGUCACUUGAGUGUUGCAGAUAAUCCCUUUGAAGAAAGAAAAUAGAAGAGCAAAUUAUAGGAGCCCAUUUGCAUCUGGGGGAAAAAGUGCUAGGGUUGCUAGGCAGUCACUUCUGAUCCAUUCUUAAAUUAUUUGUAACCAGUCCAUGUGGAGUAUGAAUCCAUGCUUGUUGCUGUUCCAUGUGUGAUAAUGGAAAAACUGUAUACCGACAAUUAUUUCUCCAAGAGAGGUACCAUGUGGGAAGGACUUGCACCCAUCUAAAUUUCAUGCUGUGUCCAUUAGGUUUAAAUGUUUCAACCUUCCUUCUGAAGUUUGUUUUUAAAUAACAUUUUUCAUUGCCUGGUGUGAUGAUAUAUUUAUACUGAUUAACAGUAAAUUCAGAGAAAUACUAUGCAUUAUUUAAAAGCUUUACAAUGUUGGUACUCGGUCCCUAGAAGAAACACUAUCUUAAAAACUCCUCCCUCAUUUACCAAAUGUUUUGAAAAGACAAAUGUUAUUUAUUUGCUCAGAGUCAGGUUUUGUAGCUUUUGAAUACAUACCAGUGCCCCAAUCCAGAGUGUUACUGUGGGUAUACCCAGUUUAAGAACAGGAUUUUUUUUUUUCAAUGGGACAUUUAUUUAGGAUUUCACCAUGAUUAAAAUAAAAUCUAAAGAUAAUAUAUUGAAGAUAAUUAUUAGGUGUUCACUAGGAAGAUGUUGGGAAUUUUAUAAUUGAUUUUUUAACUAUAAAAUUCUAAGAACAAUGCUGAUAGUACAAAUGUCUGAAUUACUCUCUGUGUAUAUAGGCAAAGCAAAGAAAUACUGAUUUUCAUGUGUUAUGUAACAUAGCAAUUAAUUGAUAUGUAACACAGUAUGUAUGUUAAAUGUAAAAUAAUUACUUAACAUUGUGGCCCAGAUUAGCAAAGAAAUACACAUAAGAUCUUGGGGAGGAAGUCACAUAUUGUGACUCUUUAAGCAAUAAUUAUUUCUUUCCUUGCCCAUUUAAAUUGCAGCCCUCUGUGCAGCAAUUUUAACAAACUAAGUAUAUAUUGGAAAGGCUAAGAUAUUGAAGUUGGUGUGAAAUAGGAAAAUGUUUUCGAACAAAGUUACUUGUGUAAGUUUUAAAACACAAUCGCCUUAAGGUCUUAAAAACUGUGUUCUGUCUUGAUCUGAUUUGUGUAUAUG